UCUUGCUUCUUCCGGCAUUCAAUUAAUUUUUUCUGUCCACGCUCAGAUCCAUGGAUCGUGAAAAUUACAACACCAGCCACCCUGACUUUCUCCUCCUUGGCUUGUCCACUCGGCCAGAACAGGAGCACUUCCUUUUUGUUACCUUCCUCGUUCUGUAUCUGCUGAACAUGACUGGGAACCUGCUGAUCAUCUUUUUGAUCCGUUCUGAUGCCCGGCUCCUCCAUGCACCUAUGUAUUUCUUUCUCAGUCACCUCUCCUUUGUGGAAGUCUGCUUCACCUCAACUACAAUUCCCAAGAUGCUGCACAAUCUCCGCACAGGCUGCAAGAACAUUGCUUUCACUAACUGCAUGAUCCAGAUGUAUUUCUUUCUGGCCUUUGCUAUCACUGAAAACUUCCUGCUGGGCGCCAUGGCACUGGAUCGCUUUAUGGCCAUCUGCCUGCCAUUACGCUAUCCUGUGCUGAUGAAACCACUGCAGUGUCAUAUCAUGGUAUUUGUGGCAUGGUUGCUGGCCCACCUUCAUGCCCUCUUGCAUACUGUAUUGAUGUCCAGGCUUUCCUUCUGUGAUCAUCACGAGAUACCUCAUUUCUUCUGUGACUUCCAGCCUUUAGUGGUGAUGGCCUGCUCUAAUAAGAGCCUCAGUGAAAUGUUGAGUUUCUUUGAAGGAGGAGCAAUUAUUAUUGGCAACUUCAUUCUCAUUCUUGUCUCCUACAUUCGCAUUGUCCAAGUUGUGCUUCGGGUUCCUUCUGGCCAAGGUCGGAGCAAAGCCUUCCAAACCUGUGCUUCUCACCUGACUGUUGUGACCCUCUUCUAUGGUUCCGCAAUUGGGGUCUAUUUCCGGCCACUCUCUUCCUAUUCUGGGGACAAGGACAAGGUGGCUACUGUUAUGUACACUGUGGUGACCCCCAUGCUCAACCCCUUCAUAUAUAGCCUAAGGAAUGCAGACAUGAAAGCUGCCCUCCACAGAGCACUGGAUAAACUAAGAAAUGCUUUGCAGAAGUCACAGACUAUCAACAGCUGA